AUGAAUAGGACAAAAUGCACUGAAAUGGUUCAAAAGUUUGGCAACCAUAUCAAAGAUGACUUGGUGCAACAAUUGAGGGACAAUCCGUUUUCUUUGAUAAUUGACGAAUCCACUGAUAUUUCUACCACCAAAUGCUUGACUGUAUUAGUUAAAUAUUUUGAUCCAAAUGAAGGAAAGAUUAAGACCAGAUUACUAGACCUGCUGAAUGUAUACGAGGGUCAGUCUGCAAAUGUUGGUUCGAGUGGAGAGUCGUUAUUUAACAUGAUAAUGCACACCCUGAACAGCCAGCAAAUUCCAAUCAAUAAUUUUGUGGGUUUAGAAGCGGAUGGGGCCUCUAACAUCAUGGGUGAAUUCAACUCUUUAACUAGCAGGCUUAGGCAGCACAUACCAUCGAUUAGAAUUUUCAAAUGCAUCUGCCACUCCAUUCACCUUUGUGCCUCAGAAGCUGCCAGAAUGCUCCCCAGGCAAUGCAAAGAUCUAAUAAGAAAUAUUUUUACUAAUUUUUCCCACAGUGCCAAAAGAAAAUAUGAGUUUAUGCAGUUUCAGACCCUUUUUUCACUUAAACCCCACAAGCUGCUUCAUGUUUAA